CGCACGCACGCACAAAGAGAAGCUUUCGCCAGGGCAGGAGGACGUGGGCAGAAUAGUCAAUUCCAUCCGGUCAUUUCCUCACGGGGGAGCCGAGCCGAACAGAGCAGAGCUGACAGGGGCGUUGAUGUAAUUCAGCACAAAUGGAAUGGAAGGCCUCACACUUCAUUAUAUAAUUAGACAGCAUAAGCUUCGGCCUCACUAUCUAUGAUCAUCGCCACUCCAUAGUCCGUUUCUCUUUGGACUGACUUAAUCUCCUCCUCCUCCUCCUCCUCAAUAUUUUUUCUCUCCAAUGGAGGAAGAUGAUCAAAAGGAACUCCAACUCCUCCCUACUCCGCACUCCAUUGCCUCCUCAUCUUCCUCUUCGGCCCCCGUCCUGUGUACCAAGUCGCACCGACCCGAUCACUACCCUUACGACACUGCUCCCUCCCUCGACCUCCAGCUAUCCAUCAGCCUCAGGCCAUUUCAUCACCCUCCUCCGGAUGAAUGCCUCGUGGCAGGCCCCAUUCGUGAGUAUGGUCCUCCCGAGACGACUGGUUCCAUCAAGGCCCUGAAGUGGCACGCUGCUGAGCAGAUCCGUUUGGCCGCCAUAGAGAAGGCGUAUGCCGAGAGGGUGAGGGAGCUCACCAGGCGGGAGAUGGAGUUGGCACAGUCGGAGUUCGCCAGGGCAAGGAAUAUGUGGGAGAGGGCGAGGGAGGAAGUGGACAAGGCCGAGAAGAUGAAGGAGCGAGCCACCCGGAGGACUGACUCCAGGUGCAUGGAGAUCACCUGCCAGUCUUGCAGGCAGAGGUUCCGGCCUGCAUAGGAUCAAAGAUACAUAUAUAUAUAUAUAUAUAUAUAGCCCGGUCGCGUCAACAAAUAUUUAGCCUGGAAACCCGAUGGAUGGGUUCAUUUCCUUUCUUUCGCGUCUUGUGCAAUUCAGUUCAAUGGUUUGCAAUCUCAUUUGCAGCUCGGGGGCUUACUUGAUUCUUCCAGUAUCGACUUUCUCGGUGAAGGUGAAUGUUUUCGAAUAGAAGGAGAAGCCCGGAGAGACUAAUAAUAAAAGUGGGCAAAGAAGAGCUGAGCCCUCUCCUUUUCCUUUUAUUUGUCGGCGAUCGAUCUGUGUCUGACAAUGAACAACCGAUCGAGUUAGUUCAUGAUCAUUAAUUUGAAAAUCUAUGACCAAAAUUUUCA